AUGUAAUAGGAAUUGGCUUAACCAAUAUUGUUUAUCGAUAUUGAUGAGGAUGGGAAAUUUCUGAUGUCUAAAAAGGCUGUUCAAUUUAUCUAAGCUAUUGAAACUAAUAUCGCCAUAAUUUCAAUUGUGGGCUAAUAUAGGACAGGAAAGUCUUAUUUGCUAAAUAGAUUUGCUGGAUAGUAAACUGGGUUCACUUUAGGAUCAAGCACCAAUCCUUGCACCAAAGGAAUCUGGAUUUGGGGCAAAAGAGUGGAAUCAGACAAUCUUACAAUUCUUCUUCUAGAUACAGAAGGAUUGAAUUCCUAUGAAAGAGACUAAAAUAAUGAUGCUAGGUUGCUUGUUCUCGCGUGUUUGAUUAGUUCUAAUUUGCUUUACAAUGUGAUGUAAGUAAUUGAUGAGAAAUCUCUGGAAACACUUUCAUUCACCACUAAUAUUAGUAAGCAUCUAUUGGGAGAUGAUGAAUUCAUAACUCAAUAUCUCCCAUCGCUCACUUGGGUAAUUAGAGAUUUUGGCCUUGAUUUGUAAGGUUCGACUCCAAACACUUACUUGGAGGAAUGUCUUGAUGAAUAACAGGGUUUUGCUGAUGAAUUUAAGCAAAGGAAUUAAAUUAGAUAGGCUAUAACCAAAUAUUUCAAACGAAGAAAUUGUUACACUUUAGUUAGACCGGUGGCAGAUGAAAGGCAAUUAAGAGAGCUAGAUAAAGUGGUUUAUUCUGAAUUAAGAUAUGAGUUUAAAAUCUAAUUAAACCAACUUAUCCAGAAUACUUUGUUGGAUAUUCAACCAAAAAUGUACAAAAAUACUCCUCUUAAUGGAAAAAGACUAAUUGAAUUAGUCACCCAAUACGUAACUACAAUAAAUAAUGGGAGUGUGCCCAAUAUUGAGAAUGUUUGGGAUAGGAUUCUAUCAAAGGAGUUCAAUAAAAUGAUGGAAAAAGCAAAAGAGAUUUUAUCAUCUGAUAUAUCACUUCCUACAACUUAUGAAUUGCUAUUUUCUAAUUUGCAUUAGAUUAGUACAAAAGCUCAAGAGUCAAUUUUACAUUAUCACAUAGCUCCUGAUAGGUAGAUUGAAGGAAUAGUCUAAUUGAGCAAAUAAAUAACUGAGAAGUCUCAAGUGUUAUUUUAAGAAAACUACAUCAAAUCCAAGAGAACAAACUAAGUGAUUUCAAAUAAAAUGUAUGACAUCUUAAAUUAACUUUCGGAAUAGGGAAAAUUAGUUAAUGUGUAGCAUAUCAUUGCUCAAGUUAACAAUAUUAAAAAAAUAUACUUUUAAGAAGCAAAACCUCCCUCUAAUUAUGAAUGCUAUGUGCAAUUUCUGGAGUUGGUUAUGCAAAUUAUUGAAAAAGUGGCUAAUACUAUGCAAAUGAAUUUUUAGAGAAAGGAAGAAGAUUAUAAACAGGAAGUUAAUGUUUUGAAAAGCCAAAUAAAUACCUUAUAGGAGAUUUUAAAAAAUGAGAAAGAGAAUCUACAUAGACAAUUGGAUUAAGUUAAAACAACUUUAUAAGAGGAAAGGAUUAUGUACGAAAAGAAACUAUUAGAAUUGGAUAACUCUGGAGGAAUUGAAUUUAGGAAAGGGGAAUUGUUUGAAAAUCCUGAUUUAUUUAUGAAAAAGGAAUUAAAGAAUCAGUAAUUAUAAUCAUAGCAGACUUUUAAUUUAACUUUAAAAGAUAUUAAUUAAAAAUUCAUGGAUUUAAAGGAAAAAUUAGAUGAUAUUUAUGAAGCAAGAGUAGAGAUAGAAAGAGAUAAAAUAUAUAAUAAGGCGAUGUAUGAUUGCAAAGAAUAAAAUUAAGCCUAAAUUGACAGAAUUAAAUUGACUUAUGAAGGUGAAGUUAAGAUUUUGAAAGAAGAUCGAUAACGAUUAUAAGAAUAAAGAGAGCUUUUAUAAAUAUAAUUAACACAAAAAGAUUGUGAAUUCUAAAUCUUAAAAGAGAGACUAAAAUAAAUUGAAAAACAAAAGACUAAAGAUAUUGAACAUGCAGACAUGCUAUGUAAAAUAAGUGAUUAGCUAGUUAAAGCUUUAAAAAAGUUAGAGAAAAAAAAACUAUGA